ACGUUCUUCUCCCAAGCUCCCCUACUCAUCUCCUCUUCUGUCUUCUUCACAGCCUUCCCCUGCUCUCACCUUCUGCAUUACACCAUAAAUUUUCUCUUUUUCUCAAGAAACAUCAAUGGCUUGCUUAGAGGUGUGUAAGGAGCAGGGGAAGGUGAAAGAGGAUCAAGGAGCAUGCACUCAAGAUGGAACUAUCGAUUGGCAUGGCCGCCCUGCAAUCAGAGCGAAAUCAGGACAAUGGACUGCUGGAAUUAUCAUUCUCUUGAACCAAGGUCUGGCAACCCUAGCUUUCUUCGGGGUCGGCGUGAACUUGGUGCUUUUCCUGACAAGAGUGUUAGGGCAAAACAAUGCUGAUGCUGCCAACAAUGUUAGCAAAUGGACUGGAACUGUAUACAUCUUUUCCCUGGUUGGUGCUUUCCUCAGUGAUUCCUACUGGGGAAGAUACAAAACCUGCGCCAUCUUUCAAGUCAUCUUUGUUAUUGGUUUGGUUUCGCUAUCGCUAUCAUCAUACCUUUUCUUGGUCAGACCAAGAGGCUGCGGUAAUCAAGAAACUCCAUGUGGUUCACAUUCGGGCUUGGAGAUUACGCUAUUUUACCUCUCCAUUUACCUAGUUGCACUAGGAAAUGGAGGUUAUCAGCCUAACAUUGCUACAUUUGGGGCUGAUCAGUUUGAUGAAGAAGACCCCGAGGAAGGGCACUCCAAGGUGGCCUUUUUUAGCUACUUCUACCUAGCUUUGAACCUGGGCUCCCUUUUCUCCAACACUAUUUUAGGGUAUUUUGAGGAUGAAGGGAUGUGGGCACUUGGAUUCUGGGUGUCCGCAGGCUCUGCCCUUGCAGCACUUGGUUUGUUUCUGGCAGGAACAACCAGGUACAGGCACUUCAAGCCCAGCGGAAAUCCUCUCCCCAGGUUCUGUCAAGUCAUUGUAGCUGCAACAAAGAAAUGCAGCAUUGAUUUGCCACCAGACGCAGACGACUUGUAUGAUGUGGAUGGAAAUGAUUCUUCCAUGAAUGGCAACAGAAAGAUUCUCCACACCAAUGAAUUCAAGUUCCUGGACAGAGCAGCGUACAUAAGCACAAGGGAUGUUGAUGACCAAAAGAAGGGCAUUUACAGCCCAUGGCGUCUCUGCCCUGUUACACAAGUAGAAGAAGUCAAAUGCAUACUAAGACUACUCCCAAUUUGGCUCUGCACCAUAAUUUACUCGGUUGUCUUCACACAAAUGGCCUCCCUCUUCGUUGAGCAAGGUGCUGCAAUGACAACUACCAUCUCAAACUUCCGGAUCCCUCCAGCAAGCAUGUCCAGCUUUGACAUUCUCAGUGUGGCAAUUUUCAUAUUUCUUUACCGGCGAGUUCUCGAUCCACUGGUGGGAAGGAUAAGAAAGAAGGAUUCCAGGGGACUUACCGAACUCCAAAGGAUGGGCAUUGGCCUUGUUAUAGCAAUAUUGGCAAUGGUUUCAGCUGGAAUUGUGGAAUGUUACAGACUAAAGUAUGCCAGCAGAGACUGCACGCAUUGCGAAGGCUCAAGCUCCUUAAGCAUCUUUUGGCAAGUCCCCCAAUACGCAUUUAUAGGAGCAUCUGAAGUUUUUAUGUAUGUUGGCCAGCUGGAGUUCUUCAAUGCACAAACGCCAGAUGGGCUGAAAAGCUUUGGCAGUGCCCUUUGCAUGACAUCGAUCUCGCUAGGGAACUAUGUUAGUAGCUUGCUUGUGACCAUGGUGAUGAAGAUCUCAACCGAAGAUCACAUGCCAGGAUGGAUCCCAGGCAAUCUCAACAAAGGUCACCUAGAUAGGUUUUACUUCCUCUUAGCUGGCCUAACAACAAUUGACUUGGUUGUCUAUAUAGCAUGUGCCACUUGGUACAAGUGUAUCAAGCUGGAAGGAAAAACUGCAGAAAACGAUAAGCAAGGUAGCUUUAAAGUGUGAUGUAUAUCUCAUGCUAAAACGCAGAAUAACAGUAUAUUUUAAAACAAUAAUGAGGGACUGGGUACAGGGAUAGUCACCAUCACUUUGUUGAGAGUUUUGUCUAAAGAAAAGUGGCUAUUCUGAGAGAGAAACCGUUUUUCCUCUCAACUCUCUUAAAUUCCCAUCACUUAACACAGUUUUUCUGUCCUAGAUGUUGAGUCAGAGAGCACAUCAAGGCGGGCAUUAAAUUAUGUGCUCCAAGGCUGUUCAGUUCUUACUGGAUAAUUGUAUUUCUUAGUAAAUUGCAGUAUGUUCUCUGCAGAAGAGAGCUACUCUCUUGGACAUCAAUAAAAGUGCCCGUCUCCAUCUA